UAAUCCUACUCCAACAAAUUCUCAUCAAAUAAUUCUCUCUAUAUAUGUAUAGGAAGCCAGUGGAAAAUAACAUGACCCAAUCAGUAUCAGUGUGUGAGUGAAGAUACAUUAAAUACUUCAUUCAUAUCAUAGUACGCAGUAGCUGUCGGACUCCUCUUCUUCUUCAUCUCUCUCUCUUCGGCCUCCGGCGAAGCCUCUGUUCUCCACCUCUUUCUCAUUCAGUUUCCGGCUCUAUCGUCCACCUAUAACAUUUUCCGAAAGACUUGAUUCUGGAAUGGUGUUUUGGCCAAUUAAAUGGAUAUGGCCUUGCAGACAGCAAGUCCUCCUACGGCACCCAGUGCCCAAGUUGUAGGGAAUGCUUUUGUUGAGCAAUAUUAUCAUAUUCUUCACCACUCUCCUGAGUUGGUUUUCAGAUUUUAUCAGGAUUCAAGUGUCAUUGGCCGACCGGACUCCAACGGCAUAAUGACAUCAGUGACUACCAUGCAAGGUAUCAAUGAGAAGAUCCUUUCCUUGGAUUAUAAGGAGUAUAAGGCUGAGAUAAAAACUGCUGAUGCUCAAAAGUCUUAUAAAGAUGGGGUGACUGUAUUAGUUACUGGAUGCUUGACCGGCAAGGAUAACUUGAAAAGGAAAUUCUCACAAUCGUUUUUCCUCGCCCCACAAGACAGCGGGUACUUUGUCUUGAAUGAUGUCUUUAGGUACAUAGAUGAUGGAGACCUGUUGGAGAAUCCUUCAGUUAAUAAAGUUGAUGAUGUUAAGGUCCCAUUAAACCCUGAUCCUGAGCCAACUCAUGUUCCUGCCCGUCCUGCACCAGAUCCUGAAAUUGUUCAUGAGGAAGCAGCAGAUCAAAAUGUUGAUGAGAAAGCUUAUGACGCAUCAGCCCAUGACAGAUCUGUUUUAGAACCCCCAUCCCGUUCACAUGAGAGUGAUCUACCUUUGGAGAUUGAAUCAGCUUCUACAACAGCCGUAGAUGAUGCUCCAAAAAAGUCAUAUGCAUCCAUUGUCAAAGUAGCAAAAGGGAGUCCCAGACCGACUAGAGUUUAUGUGCCAAGUAAUGCAGUAAAAGUACCUUCUAUUGAAACAGGAAAUCAAUCUCUUGGGUUGGCAGUCCUGGACCCAGUGUCUCAAACAUCAGCCCCUAGUAGCACCAGUCCUCAAGAGAGUAGCAAUGGCAGUGAAGAAGUUGAGGGUUACUCUAUUUACAUUAGAAAUCUGCCCUUAUCUGUUACGGAUGCUGAGCUUGAGAUAGAAUUCAAUAAAUUUGGACCAAUAAAGCAAGGAGGCGUACAAGUCAGAAAUAACAAGCAACAAGGAUACUGCUUUGGCUUUGUUGAAUUUCAGUCUUUAAGUUCCAUGAAUAGUGCAAUUCAGGCUUCACCAAUCACUAUUGGGGGACGACAGGCUGUUGUUGAAAUAAAAAGAACUACUACUCGAGUUGGUGAUAAUGGAAGAGGAGGCAGGUUCCCUCCAGGAAGGGGUGGAUUCCGGAGUGAUAGCUUUAGAAGUCGUGGAAAUUAUGGUGGCGGUAGGAGCUUUGGUAGAAAUGAGUAUGCUAGCAGGGGUGAAUUCUCUGGUCGAGGUAGGAGUUUGGGUGGGCAUGGAGGAGAUGGUUAUCAUCAUGGCAGGGGAAGAAGCAGCCGUGCAAGUGGACCGAAACACAAUGCUGCUGCAGGCUUAGCGUGAUUUUUUUUUUAUUGACGAAUUUGCUUAAGUGGGCUAUUUAAUGAUGGUAGCAGUAAUAGUAGUAGUAGUCUAUAGUAGCAGUAGUAGUAGUAGUAGAAACAUUGAAUUGAAGAGGCAUUGUUUUUGCUGCAGUUUUAGGUUUCUUAUCUAGUACGAAAGUUUUGGCUAGGCAGCUCUUUUCCCCCAGGAAUGUAGCUUUGCAGAGAUUUUGAGCUCAUUCUCAUUCUCAUCUUCCAUUUUUAUUGGAAUUGAUGGAAAAUUACUUAGUUUUUUAGUUUAUAGAUGCUGUAAUAGAAUGAUCCCAACAGUUAAAUAGUUUACAAUCUUAAUUUGAAUUUGCAUGGUUGCCCAUUUA